AUGCCAUGGUGGGGCCCGGUGGCGGUCGAACUGCCAGUCACUGAAAGGUCUCGUGGCUCUGAUGAAUCAUACGCGACCGGCGGAAGCAGAGGCGUGAGCGAUGUGAGCAUAGAUGAGAGCGAUCGGCCGGCCAAGGCUGCCAAGUUGACCGAAUCUCCAGCGAUACUUCCACAGAUCAUCCUUGAGGUUCCUGGUUGUAAUGUGACUGAAUCUGAUAAGAUUCAAGGCACAUACAGACCUGUCAGCACCUGUCAUCACGACAAGCCAGUCUACAAGAAGCUUGGGCCUGACACCACGAACUCCUAUAUUUACUUCUCUAAGCGAGGGGGUGGAGCAUGCUGCUGGUGGUUCGGCCCAGAGGUUGGAGGAGACGAAGUGUGGGCCUUCAACGCAGGCUGCGACAUGGAUAACCCAUUAGUGCCCCCAGCUGUUGGUUGGAGGGCUACCCACGAUGGUUCAGUGGACGACAGAUUGCAGAUAAUGACUAUUGGAGGAGGUCAUUCUAGAAUUUCAUCCAGUUCAAACUGUGAAGAGACAUGCCAAACUCUUCAGCAAGCUCUUUCAGUCGAACGAAAAGAGCGAGAACGUCUCGAACUUGCUUUGCAAGAGGAGGUACGAAAAGUGGCUGCUGCAAAGGUGACAAAGAGGUUCUGGAAAGAUAGACGCAAAGCUGAAAGAGAAAGGCGGGACCUUGUUGAAGAUGCUUUAGCCCAAGCACAAGAGACGCUUCGGGACUUUGAGAAUCUGCUUGCUGCUGAGCGAGAGAAGGUCCAGGUUGCUGAGAAGAAGAUAGAGGAGAUGCAGGAUCAAUAUUCAGCACGCUUGGAGGGACAAAAGCAGAUCUCCAGAAUGGAUGGGAAUAGGGGUGCAUGUUGGCAGUAUGAGGAGCGUGGAGGCUGGCAUGCGGUGACACCUGAGGGAAAUGAUCAGAUGCAUCAGGCUUAUUUGUCCUACCUUCGUGAUCCAACCUGUCACAAUCGCUUCGCGACGAUCAGUGUUGCUGGAGUAGAUCGGCAGGUUGACUAUGAGUUAAUGACGCAAAAGCGUUGUGGUACGAACAAAGUUCGCCGGAUUCGUAUUUUGCCAGGAGUGCCCAAGCAGUGGCUCACCACGGCUGCUUGCUUGUUGCAACAGACUGAUCAGUUGCAGUCCUUCUAUGUUAACAUCACUGAUGAUUCGUACAUUCACGACAAAGUACGUGAAGUUCUGCAGUUCACUGGACAUGGGCAGGAUGGCUCACAACAAUGCUCUUGUAUGAAGACAGCAACGGUCAAAUCAGUGCACCGCAUUGAGAACUGGAAACUUUGGCAAGCCUACAAGCUAAGACGCCAAAUCUUGCGGAUGGGGCACUCAAGUCAAGGGGUUUGGGUCACACCUGUGCCUUUGGACCUUGAUGCGUUUGAUGCUGGAUGUGGCGUAAGCACGAUAAUGACAAACAACCAAGGUGUGUUUGACUGUGGCGAGACUUUGGCUCUAGAUAUAGAUGAGAAGAUUCUGUUGCAUGGCACCAGUUGGGACUGCGUUAAUUCCAUUGUUUGCAGUGGCUUUGAUCAUCGGACGUGCCACCGUGGUAUGUACGGUGAUGGGGUCUACUUUGCAUCAGCUGCAUGCAAGUCCCAUCAGUACACGUGCAAGGAUCAUAAAUAUGCCUGCAACUGUGGUGCUGCCAAAGAUGUGGUCACCGCGUUCGGGUCGCCGAGAGAUGCCGAGAUCAAACCGCUCACCGAAAAGGAGGAGGUCACACACUUCGUCUUCGGCUUGGCCUCAGAAGCCUCCAGGUGCGCGGAAGAUGCGAUGGGCUUGGUCUCCUGCGCCCGUGACCGAUGGGGUAGUUUGCGCAACAGCAACCACUCGAAGGUGGAGGAGAAUGCGACGCUCCAGCUGAAAGUGGAGCUGGAGAAGUCGGUGAACGUCCAAGGAGUCACGGGGGAGUCCACCACCUACACCACGGCGAUGGGUCUCUAUGUGGCUGUGGUUUGGCUGGUGGGGAAGUACCUUCGGGCUGCUUUCCAGGGAGCUGCCAAACAAGCCAUCUAUGAUGAGAUUCCCGAUGUGCACGUCUUCCUGGAUUUGAUUGAGGCCAUCAAGAUGGCUCGAGAGCACGGGGAUUUGCGUGUGGAGUUUGAGCUCUACUAUUGCCUCAUGCAGGUCUUGAGGUCGACACAUAUCUUGCUGCGCAUCGGAGGCCACGAGCCGCGGAACUAUGGCAUCGGGCGGACCGAUCGCCGUCCGCCGCAGGCGGUCCCCGAUGGGGAGGUGGUACACCUCUGA